AUGCCUUCAAAUAGUUUAUUAGAAGACUACAAGAUUUACGCGAAAUAUACAAGGCCUCAAGGAAGAUAUUGGACUUGCGAUAUAACACAGAAUAAAAACUUUGGAGCUUGUGUUGAAGAUAUUACUGCAUUUUUAAAAGCUACUAAAUGUCCCAAAUUGAUAUAUCCUGAGAAAAAAACUGACCUUUAUGUCGAAACUUUUAAAACUGUUUCAAUGCAUUUUUUGGACAAGGAAGAUAAUUUUGAAGAUUUAAUUCAGGGAAUUGUAACUUCAAAAUAUUUUAACAAUAGAGGCAGACAAAAAUUUCUAUUUUGUCAUACCAUUGAAGAUGAUUUAACAAUAAUGAAUUUAUUGGAACUUUUAUGGAAAUAUUCUUUAUUAAAUUCUGUAGUAGUAUAUCACAAUGAAACCAUACAUUCUGGUUUUUAUAAUCCAUUCAGUAAUGAGCUGAAAUUAAUAAAUGGCAAAAAACUACAAGAAACUGUGGAUGAAUAUCCUAAUAAACUCAAGAAUAUGUAUGGAUAUCCUGUAAACAUAAUCGUGGGCCAAAAUUUAACAUCACUUGAACCUCGCUAUGAUUACGACGUAAUAUUUCUCGAAUCCUUCAAAAAAAUCACAAACUGUACUCUUGUCAGCCAUCUAUAUCCAUUGGAUACUUUAAAAUUUCCACAAAUCGUACUUGAAAUUGUGGAGAAAAAUGCUGAAUUUAGUCCGGUUACUCAACCUUACAGUACAGAAGAGACCGAAAAUGAAUUGAGUGGUGAAAUUUCUUGUUCUUACCCUCAUAUGAUGAAUGAUAUUGUAGCACUGGUUCCAAAACCAAAGAUUGUACCUAAUAAUUUUGUCGAUGAAGCGGCUGCUCCUUGGGCAAUAUUAAUCUAUUUUUUAAUCAUCAUAUUAGUCACGUUGUUUGAAAAACAUUUAUCAUUAACAAAAAGGCACUAUGAUAUAAUAUCUUUUAUAGCUAUUGGGCUAAGAUCAUCAACACCAGCUUUUGCAAAGCAAAAAUCUUGUAUAAAAUAUUUUUGGAUAUUAACAUGUUUUUUCCUUUGGGCCUAUAUAGAAGUUAAAUUAUUAAACCGUAUAAUGAUACCGCAGUAUGGGAAUAGCAUACGUACUUUGGACGAAUUGAGGCACAGCAACCUAACGGUUUAUACUUAUAGAAAUUACGAUUCUUUGGGCAUGAACUAUACCAUAUUAACCUUAACUAACUUCAGAGAGUUGAUUUUUAAAAAUAGCGUAGAUGCCGCUUUUAUUGGUUCCUUUAAAACAUUGGACUCGUAUAAAAUAAAAUAUUUGAAUAGAAAUAUUAAAUUCAAAUAUGAACUUAUGCCCGAAUUAUUAAUACCAAAAUAUGGCUGCUACUUUAUGAAAAAGAAGUCAAUAGUACAUAGCACAAUCCAAGAAUUAUUGUUACAUGUGAAGGAAUUAGGGGUUAAAGAAGAUGUGCCAGUCAGGUACAAGCAACAAUUUAAUGUUGAAAACGAUCUGUCUUUGAUACAAUUAGAACUAGCUUUUAGAGGGCUUCUAAUAGGAGAGUCUUUUGGGAUAUUUGUGUUCUUAUGUGAGAUAGCGUUAUGGAAUUUGAAACGAUUUCGCAAUAAAUUUAAUAAACAUAUGUAG